CACAUAUAAAUACACAUUCGCGCUUCUGUCGAAACCCAAACUCUGAAAAUUCUGGGAGUGAGGUGGAAAUGGAAGCUCAGACUGGUGUUUGCUCGUGGAUCAGAGCCAAGCGUAUCGGCGAGGGCUCGUUCGGGACCGUUGAUCUUGCCGUGACGAGAUCGGACGGCGGCGUUUUCGCCGUGAAGUCGGUUGAUCGGAGAGUGGGUCAGGAGUGUCGGGUGGAGGCACUUGAGAACGAGAUUGGGGUUCUCCGGCGUCUGUCGUCGCCGUAUGUGAUUAGGUAUCUGGGGGACGAUGUGAGUGUGGAAGGUGGGACGGCGCCGUUUCGGAACCUGCAUGUGGAGUAUAUGCCAGGUGGCACCGUUGCUGAAUUGGCGGUGCUUUCCGGCGGGAAGUGUGCUGACGUGGACGAGAGGAUUGUGCGGUCGUACACGUAUUGCAUCGUCUCGGCUUUGAGGUAUGUCCACUCGAUGGGGCUGGUGCAUUGCGACGUGAAAGGGAGGAACGUCUUGGUCGGCGGCGGUGCCGGCGUGGCGAAGCUCGCAGACUUCGGGGCGGCGAGGAGGAUAUCCGGGGAAGUGGGUCGCCAGAGUGGCGCGAUUUUGCCGCGUGGGAGCCCGCUUUGGAUGGCGCCGGAGGUCAUCCGCCGGGAGUAUCAGGGGCCGGAGUCCGACGUCUGGUCUCUGGGAUGCACAGUCAUCGAGAUGGUCUCCGGAAAACCAGCGUGGGACGAUCGCGGCGCUGAUACUCUCUUUCGAAUUGGGUUAUCCGAUGAGCUGCCGAAGUUCCCAGCUCAGUUAUCGGACUUGGGCCGCGAUUUUCUCGAGAAAUGCUUGAGGAGAGAGCCCACUGAAAGGUGGAGCUGCGAUCAGCUGCUGCAACACCCAUUUAUAUCAUCUUCAUCCCCCAAUUACAUCACAGACGCAUCCCCGAGAUCGGUCCUCGACUGCUUCAAUUUCAGUGAUGACGACGAUGAAGAAACCGAACUGAACCCCAAUCCUGCCCCCAAAAAUUCAGUAUCUGCCCAUGAUAGAAUCCGAAAAUUAGCUUCAAACAGAGGGCCAGUUUGGGAAUCAGAAGAUUGGAUGGACGUCAGGACAUGGAUCAGUGACAGAGCAGAAGCAACAGCGGCGAGCUGUUGUGGGGACGAAGGAGAAGGGACCAAUUCGGCAUAUUCGAAUUUCACAGGGAAAACAGAGGAAAGUGAGAAAACAUUUGCCGAAUAUCCGAGUACACGUGGCACUCCCCUAUUGGACACUGUUGGUAAGCUAGGGUGCGACCCUGGGUCAAGCUGUGGGUACGAGUCAGGGACGAAUGGCUCGGGGGAGAGUAAAGAGACUGGGGUUUACAGCCAUUGUAAAUUAAUAUUACUAUUAUCAUAUUUGAGAAUAAUGAGAAGAAAUUCACAAAUUUUUUAUAUUUAUAUUAUUUAUCUUGAACCUCUGACUUUAAUUGACGCAUGUGACCGACUCUUUCAUAGCUACCAAAAUGAUAUCUCUGAUUUGGUAUGUUAUACAGUUGUACAAUCAUUAUUCCACCAGAAAUUAUUGUCAACCUCCAGUAAAUUAAUGUAG